CGAUCUUUCCAUCUUUUGAAGGACCAUUUCACAAACAAUUUAAUUUCAGUUUUGUUUUUUCCUCCUUCACUUCUAACUGACCUUUCACUUUUCGUUUACAUUUUUUUCUAGUCAUCUACUUGUCACUUUUUUUUUUUGUUCUUAAACUUUUAUCACGACGCAAACUUAAUUUUUUCUUAACGGUUUAUUAUUCCUUUUUAAUAAUACAAAAUGGCUGAACCAACACCAAACUUAUGCCCUGUCUAUGCCCCAAUCUUUGGUGCUUUGGGAUGUACUUCCGCUAUUGUAUUUACCUGCUUCGGAGCAGCAUAUGGCACAGCCAAAGCCGGAACAGGAUUAUCAGCUAUGGGAGUCUUGCGUCCUGAUUUAGUUAUGAAAGCUAUUGUACCAAUUGUUAUGGCUGGUAUUAUUGGUAUUUACGGAUUGGUCGUAUCUGUCUUAAUUUCUGAUGGUCUUAAACAGGAAAUGGCAUUAUUUACUGGAUUUAUUCAGCUUGGUGCUGGGUUAAGUGUCGGUCUUGCUGGUCUUGCAGCUGGAUUCGCUAUUGGUGUAGUUGGUGAUGCUGGUGUACGAGCUACUGCACAACAACCAAGAUUAUUUGUUGGUAUGAUUCUUAUUCUCAUUUUCGCCGAAGUAUUGGGUCUUUAUGGUUUAAUUGUGGGUCUUAUCUUAAAUACCAAAGCAAGUGGUGGCGACGUUAAAUGUUAAAUAAAAUAAAAUUUAAACAUUAUGAUACUUUUAUACUAGAUUCUUUUUUAUACUUUGUAUUCUCUUACCUCUAGUUAUAUCUUGUAUUUUUUACUUAUUAGUAAAUUGAUAAUUUGAUUUAUAAUAAUUAUAGUACCGAAAAAUGAAUUAUGUAAAAAAAAAUAAAUAUAUUUACAGAUAAACAUAAUUUAUUU